AUGUUACGUUUCCUCGAGUCAUUAUGGAGAGACGUGGACAUGAACAGGCAUCAAGUGGAUCCAUCGAGUGAGCUAAACCUAGUGAUCGUGUCACACGGGCUGACCUCUCGGGUGUUUCUAAUGAAAUGGUUCAAGUGGACGGUGGAAGAGUUCGAGCGGCUGAACAACUUUGGGAACUGCGAGUUCAGAGUGAUGGAGUUAGGUGCGAGUGGAGAGUACACUUUCGGGAUACACCACUCUGAAGAAGAGAUGUUGGCUUGGGGCAUGUCUAAAAAUAUGAUCGAUGAUCAAAUGGGUCGUGUUGAUGGUUCUCGUGAUACAUCGAACGAUUGUUGUCCAUUGCACCUUGAUGAGUAUUUUGAUUUGUUAGAUGAGACUGAUGAUGAAGACUGA